AUGUCUGUUCCUUCUCUCACCAGCUACGUCGUUAAGCGACCCUACCUCAAGCGCUGGCUGCAGCCAGUUGCUGAAUGGUACACCAACGCUGCUGGUUACCGCCGUCUUGGAUUAAGGUACAACACCCACUCAAUUAACCCCGACAAUGUCCUUGGCCCUGGAUCGUGGCCUCUUGCAGGAACACUGCGUCUCUUCGGUCUUAUUUGGAAAGCAAUUGGGGUGGCCGACGACCUCAUCCCUGAAGAGAGCGAACUUGUCCAGAAGGCUAUCAAGCGUCUUCCCCCUAAGGAAGCCUACGACCGCGUUUUCCGGCUCCGCCGCGCUUUCCAGUGCUCCAUUUCCCACACCCUUCUUCCCGCCGCGGAACAGACGAAGCCAGAGGAGGAUCAAGAGUACCUCAGUCCUAUCAUCCGCGAACUUCAGAAGGAGGAACAGGAACGCGAGGAUUUGGAUAACUUGAUUGUGAAGCGGAAGUAA